CUAAUUAUAUUGGAGUAGAAAAUGGAAAAUGAAAUCGGGAUAACGUGGGGAAUAAACAGUCGACGGCCAGGGACCCGAUCCUGGCGCCAAGAGCUCGCCGCCCUUGCAAUGGCGACCACCGCCAACCCCACCACCGACCUCUUCUCGCGCCUCUCCUUUCGCCGCGCCGUCUCCCCCUCCCCACUCCGCCUCCCCUCCCUGCCGACCCCUACGCCGCGCAUCUCCGUCGCCAUCGUCGCCCUCCACAAGCGCAACCCCAAGCGCCUCAAGUACGACUCCCAGCGCCAGUUCACGAGAGGGGAUGGCGGGAUGCUGCGGGUGCAGGUGGAACCCUCCGGCGAGGACUUCUGGAAGCUGGACCCCGUCGUCGACCUCAUCAACAGCGGCGCCGUCGGCGUCAUCCCAACCGACACCGUCUACUCCAUUGUUUGUGAUCUGAGUAACAAUGACUCUAUUGAGCGCCUCCGCAGAAUUAAAGGCAUUGUAAAUUCAAAGCCUCUCAGCAUCUUGUGCCGCUCGUUGCGAGAUAUUGAUACCUACACAACAGGAUUUCCUCUAGGUACCAACCAAGGGCAAGCUAACAUUUUCCGUGCUGUCAAGCGUAUAUUACCAGGACCUUACACCUUUAUUCUACCUGCGACUAAGGAAUUGCCCAAGCAAUGCAUCAAGCAUGGGUCAUCUACUAGAUACGCAAAAAGGAGGCAGGUUGGUGUUCGAAUGCCAGAUGAUCCCAUAUGUCAAGCAAUACUGCAAAAUCUGGAAGAACCGUUGAUCUGCACAAGUGUCAAAUAUCUGGCAGAGGAUGAAUGGAUACUUGACCCAGUAACCAUUGCCGAUAUUUAUGAGCCACUGGGACUCGAUUUCAUCGUUGAUGGUGGUGCUAGAAUUGCUGAUCCAUCUACUGUCGUUGACAUGACUGGAAGUUAUCCUACCAUUAUUCGCCAGGGAAAGGGUGCGAAGCUUGAUUGGAUGGUAACAGGCACAGACCAAGAGGCACAGUCAACCUAUUCUCGUAAAGCAGCUUGAAACGUUGCCCUGCUAACCUACGUUAUGAGUUGUAACUAGGAGUGUUCAUGCCGGUUUCUUUGAACCGCUGAAAAGUAGUUAAUGUCCACUUUGUAUAUCAGUUCAAGACUUCUCGUUAAAUGCGUUGCACUAGUCACUGUUUUCCCAUGGUUUGAGGACAACUGAUUUUGAACACUACCCCAUGUUGUAUAGAGAUCUCAAUUGUAUGUA